AUGAGCGCGCCGCCGCCCCCAGGAAAUCCACCUGCCAAUGCGCCAGCUCGUCCAAAUGGCUCCUCGAGGAACAAGAAGGCCAAUCCUCUCCGGCCGAUGCGAAAGAAGCCUGCGAAUCCCAUGGUUACCCGAAGGCCUGCCCCCAGGCCUGCAGCGCCAUCUGGCUCAGGCGCACAGAACGGAGCAAAGCCAAACACUGAGGAAAUCCGAAGACAGAAUGGAGGAUGGUCAGAACCACCGCCGGCAACGUACAGUGACAUCCCCAUCAUGACAACAAAAAAGGCUCUCCUUGAUGGUAUACGCUACCAUAUGAUGAAGCUCAUCCAGACGAAGGGCGACAAAUCGAUAGACCCAACUGACCAGGAUGACUUCGCACGCCCUGUAACAUUACACCGACGAGACGCUCGCCAGCCACCUCCUGGGAGAGCUGUCAAGGUUGAAGCGCCUGAAGCACCACAGCCCGACGAGCAAGAAGCAGAGAGGAUGGCACAAGUCAAAGCGGAAAGAGAGGCCCAGCGCGCAAUUGACCAGGCAAAGAUAGCACCUGUAGCCAAGGACGCGAAUCCUAAGCGACCAAAGAAACAGAAGGAAGAGAAAACCACUUUCAACAGAGCGCCCAAAACAGUAGCUGCCAAGAAGGAGUCCGAUCUUCGAUAUGAAGAGGCUCUUCCAUGGCAUCUUGAGGACGCAGAUGGUAAGAAUGUAUGGGUUGGCAACUAUGUAUCUGCGCUCUCCGAAUCGAGCGUGGCGUUCAUGAUCGAUCAGUCAGUCUUCCGCAUGGUACCUCUGGAGAAGUGGUACAGGUUCACUUCAAAGCCCCCGUUCCAGCCCUAUACAAUCGAAGAAGUUGAAGCUUUCAUGGGCAAAAAGGUAGACGUCGGUCGGUGGGUCAUGAAGGACGAGGAGAAGAGAGCAGAGCAAAGUGACAGGGAGGCCACCAGAAGAAUGUUCUACGGAGGUGGCCAAAUGGUCAAGACGGAAAGCGCCACGUUCAAGGCCGCAUCACGAUCAGAGAAACUUGAUCAUGACGAUAUUGAUUUCUCGGGUGACGAGUUCCAAGACGAUGACGAGACUCCUAUGUUUGAGAGGAACAACGACGAUGAGGAUGCCAAGGAUGCCAAAGACCGCAUCCGACGAGAGCAACUCGGUGCCAACUUGUUUGGAGAUGGUGAUGAGCAAGAGGUUGAUAAGGAGCUGCAUGAAAAGGACAAAGAAGAUGAAUUGCGACGAGAGCUCGGUAAAACAACCAAGAAAGCGCUCAUCAAGCGGGACCAAGAGAAUAUCUACGAAAGUGAUGAUUCUACAGAGAACCCAUGGAGUAGCUCGUCUGAUGAUAAUUCAUCAGAUGAAGAAGAAGACGAGGAGAAGAAGGAAGAAGAGAAAAAGGAGGCUGGCAAGGACGACAAGGCUCAAAGUGGCUCUGGCUCCAAGGGCACCAACACCCCAUCAGGAAAGAAGCCUGAGAGCUCCAAGAAGGGCAAAUCACUUAAAAGAGCCGGCUCUCCAGCACUCUCCGAAUCUAGCGGAAACGAGUCUUCUCGAAAGAAGCUCAAGAAGAACGCCGCAUCUGCUGCGGCUAGCAGGUCUGGUACCCCGUUGCCUCAAGGAGCAGCCGCGCGCCGGGCUAUAGGUGCUGGAUCUGGUAGUGACGGCGAGGCCACCGCUGGUGAAAUGUCAGAUGGUGCUAUGGCCAAGAGAAAGAAGUUGAAGCUGGUCAGCCACAGCGCUCGAGGCACUCCCUCGGCGUCUCGAGCUGGCAGCCCUAACCCUCAAGGUGCCGCUUCUCCUGGAUCUCCUCGCGGGUCACUCGUCGAGCCAUCCGAAAUUCUGGACAAGAUUCCCGACGAGGGCAUCGUCAUUGGCGAGCUCAUCAAGGCCUUCCAGCAUCGCUUGGGCGACCGUCCGGGCCUGAUGCCCAAGAGCGAGUGGAUUCAGUUGGUCAAGGCGCUGUGCGAUUAUGGGCCUGACAAACGACUCCGUCGCAGAACAUAA